AUGUCUGAUUUUAUUCAAUGGACAUAUGAUAACAGGAUUUAAAUCUCAAUUGACUUAGCAGCUGGAUCAAUUAGUGGAAUGUAUUUUAUAAUUAAUUACUCUAAAUAGAGCAAAUUGUAUAUCAAGUCAUCCAUUAGACACUGUUAAAGUUAGAAUGUAAAUGUCAAAUGAUGGUGUACAUUCAACUUUAAAGAAAAUUGUUUAAAAUGAAGGAACAAGAGGGUUCUAUAAAGGAAUGUCAUUUCCUAUACUUUCCAUACCAAUCACAAAUGCAAUUGUUUUUUCAGUUUACGAAUUCUGGAAAUCAUUUUUUAUAGGAAAUUCGAAUAAAUAACUAACUUAUUUUUAAACGUAUUAUUUCUUAAGUUAAUUAUUAGUGCCAUUUGUGGAAGUAUUGCAGGCAGUUCGGCUGCAUUUUUUUCAUGUCCUAUAGAAUUGACCAAAUGCAAAUUAUAAAUGUAAUCGACUGACAAAAUUUACAAAAAUCCAAUAGACUGUAUAUCAUAAGUAAGUUUUUAUAUGAAUUUAAUUAUAGAUUUAUUAAAAAGAAGGUUUUAAAUCUUUAUUUCGUGGAAUGUGUGCUACACAAUAAAGAGAGAUUCUAGGUUAUUCAACUUAGUUUGCUGUAUAUGAAUUGAUAAAAGAUUUCUUAUGUAAUUUGUCUUAAAAGGCUGAACCAUCAACAGCUAAUCUUUUGAUUUCUGGAGGACUUGCUGGUGUUUCUUGUUGGACCAUAGGAUAUCCUUAGGACGUAUUUUUUUAUAUUAAAAUAUUUAGACUAUAAAAACAAUUUUAUAAUGCUAAUAACCUUCCGAUUAAACUUUAUAUAAAGUUAGAUUUUAUGAUGGGGGUUUUCUAGAUUGUUUAAGAAAAAAAAUUAUAUCAGAAGGAAUAGGAUCAAUAUGGAAGGGAUAUUCAGUUUGUAUUUUGAGAUCUUUUUAUGCAAAUGCAAUAGGAUUCUAUGCAUACGAAUUAGCAAAAGAAAACUUUACUUCACUUUAUUAAAUAUAUUGA